CGUCUUUUUAAACUCCACGCUCAGUUCGAUUUUUUCUUCACCUCUAACCGCCACCUGUCCCGCCCUUGCUCACCCUCUCAUCGAUCUUUUUGUAAUGCAGUACGUUUUCAAACGAGGUAAACGCAAAGAGCGUAUCCGUUUCGAUAAGAUCACAUCGCGGAUCGACAAGUUAUGUUACAGUUUAGACAUGAACUACGUGAACCCUAUCGAGGUUACACAGAAGGUCGUUCAGGGUGUCUACCAAGGGGUGACAACGGUGGAACUCGAUAACCUCGCUGCAGAGACAGCAGCAUAUCUCACCACAAAACAUCCCGACUACGCCGUCCUUGCUGCUCGUAUCGCUAUCUCGAACCUCCACAAGGAAACUAAGAAGACAUUCUCAUCUGUGGUCAAAGACUUGUAUGAAUAUGUCAACCCUAAGAACGGCAAACCUGCUAGCAUGAUAGCUCAGGAAAUCUACGAAAUCGUUCAAGAAAACAAGGACAUCUUGGACUCUGCGAUCAUCUAUAACAGAGAUUUCAACUACAAUUACUUUGGCUUCAAGACUCUCGAGCGCUCAUAUCUUCUCCGAAUCAAUGGGCGUGUUGCUGAGCGUCCUCAGCACAUGAUCAUGCGUUGUGCUGUCGGCAUUCAUGGACGAGACAUUGAGCGAGUUUUGGAGACCUAUAACCUCAUGUCCGAGCGAUAUUUCACUCAUGCCUCACCUACCCUAUUCAACGCUGGUACUCCUCACCCUCAACUUUCAUCAUGUUUCCUUGUCGCCAUGAAGGACGAUUCUAUUGAAGGGAUAUACGAUACGCUCAAAGAAUGCGCUAUGAUCAGCAAGUGCGCUGGAGGCAUUGGUUUACACAUUCAUAAUAUACGAGCGACUGGAUCUUAUAUCGCCGGAACCAAUGGAUAUUCGAAUGGUAUCGUACCCAUGCUUCGUGCAUACGAUGCAACAGCUCGUUACGUCGACCAAGGUGGAAACAAGCGUCCCGGUGCUUUUGCCAUAUACAUCGAGCCGUGGCAUGCCGACAUCUUUGCUUUCAUUGACCUCAGGAAGAACCACGGUAAAGAAGAAGUGCGAGCACGAGACUUGUUUUACGCACUUUGGAUUCCUGACCUCUUCAUGAAGCGUGUGGAAGGCGGUGGCAACUGGUCUCUCUUCUGUCCUAAUGAGGCGCCGGGGCUGCAUGAAGUCUACGGUGACGAAUUUGAGGAGCUUUUUGAGAGGUAUGAGAGGGAGGGUCGCGCCCGUGAAACGAUCCCCGCUCAGAAACUCUGGUACGCCAUUUUGGAAGCCCAGGUUGAGACGGGUACUCCCUUCAUGUGCUAUAAGGACCAUGCAAACAGAAAAUCCAACCAGAAGAACCUCGGUGUCAUCAAGUCCUCGAACCUUUGCACUGAGAUUAUGGAGUACUCCUCUCCCGACGAGACUGCCGUCUGCAACCUCGCUUCUCUUGCCCUUCCUACCUUUGUCCGGGGCGGUAAAUUCGACUUCGAGAAACUGCACGCCGUGACCAAGGUCGUCGCGUUUAACCUCAAUCGUGUCAUCGAUGUCAACUUCUAUCCUGUACCUGAAGCUCGCCGUUCUAAUAUGCGUCACCGACCCAUCGGUAUUGGUGUGCAAGGUCUCGCUGACACUUUUAUGGCCCUUCGCCUUCCCUUUGAAUCGCCCGAGGCGAAACGCCUGAACAUUCAGAUCUUCGAGACUAUCUACCAUGGUGCUCUUGAGACCAGCUCAGACAUGGCGGAGGUUGACGGUCCCUACGAGACCUGGAUGGGGUGCCCGGCGCAACAAGGACAACUACAGUUUGACUUGUGGGGUGUUACUCCUACCGACUUAUGGGACUGGAAUGCGCUCAAACAAAAGAUUGCUCGAACCGGACUCCGUAACUCCUUGCUCACUGCACCCAUGCCAACGGCCUCGACGAGUCAAAUGUUAGGAAACAAUGAAUGUUUCGAGCCCUACACCAGCAAUAUCUAUACUCGUCGUGUUCUCGCUGGCGAAUUCCAAGUGGUCUGCCCAUGGCUCCUUCGUGACCUCGUCGACCUGGGACUUUGGGAUGAUAACAUGAAGAACAUUAUCAUCGCCCAUAAUGGUUCCGUGCAAAGCAUCCCCAACAUUCCCGACCACAUUAAAGCGAUCUACAAGACAGUUUGGGAGAUAUCGCAGAAGAAAGUGCUGGAUCUCGCAGCCGAUCGUGGGGCGUUCAUCUGCCAGAGCCAGAGUCUUAACGUUCACCUGUCAUCUCCGACCAUGGGUCAACUGACCAGCAUGCACUUCUACGGAUGGAAGAAGGGUCUAAAGACAGGAAUGUACUACUUGAGGACCAGGUCCGCUGCGCAGGCUAUCCAGUUCACUGUUGACCAGAGUGUCUUGAAGGUAGCGAAAGCUCAAGCCACGAAGGCAGGUUCAGAACCAAAGAUCUCUUCUACGAUUGUGGUGCCUUCGGCUGAUGUCAUUGGGCCUGCCUCUAGACCGACAACUCCCGCUGCUGCAUCUUCCAGUGUUAAUGGUCUUCCUACCCCGACGCCUUCUACCCCUGAAGCCUCACCGUCUCGCUCAGUGGUCGCUUCUACGUCAGCAGCAUUGGAGGAUUUGUCGUUGGACGAGAAAACCAGGAAGGCGGCUGAGGCGGAUCCAGAGUUCGCUGCUGCUCUGCAGAGACAAAAGGCCCGGGAGCUCGAAGAGGCGAAGCUGCUUUGUUCACUUGAGAAUAAGGAAGCGUGUGUAAUGUGCUCGGGUUGAAGACGUUUAUUCGUCAACUUGAAUAGAGGUGGAGGUGUAUGAUAUAUCUAGUUUCAAGGACAUUUUCUGUCAAUGUUGUGUUGUGUGUCCCUACUUCCAUCUAUGCGGCCUCCAGCUUGUAUAAUUUAUAUCGCUCUUAUGUAUUCAGUCGCGUAUUACUAGCAAUCGAAAAAUCCAUUUCAUUCUGUCCAAUGUCGGAAGGGCACGGUUUUCUGCAGUACAUAUUGAUCGUUGUUCUUUCCAUCAGCAAAUCCUGGCUCUUUCGGAUACAGAGCUGCUGGCCUUAAAUUUCAAGUAGUGGAGUAACAUCCUCUUGGGAUGAAUGAAUGGAACCGAGAGCAUCUUGCUACUCCCGGACUCUAUAAGAAGUUGUAUCCAGUGUAAAACAAACCCUUGCACCAGUGGACGUACUUUUCAUAUGCAUUCUUGAUCAGCUAGCCGUUACUUUGCCACUUUCUCGCCUUCCAUUCCUUGUUCUGCCACUUUCUCACCCUCGACUUCUACCUGCAUCUCAAUCGCCGUCUUUUUCCUUCUUUGGCGGGGUGGGAGGUAAGUUUGGAUGCCUGUCCCUUGGUUUCCGAGGCCUUCUGGGUGUAUAGCCUUUCGUAUAGGAGCGGUAGAGGAGAACGAGAAACACGUAAGUCUGGAUGGAAUUCAAGGUUCUCCAGCUGACAUGAGUUAGGCUGUUUUCCCCCCGAGAGAGCUAAACGGAUGCGUUCGCCGAGGCUGGGCAUUGGUGCAAGGGAUACUGGUACCAGUGGUGAGCGUUGAACUAAGUUAUGCGGGGGGAUGAGAAUGGUCACACUGUCACAGCGAAAGAUGAGAGCGGCGGGGGGGAGCGGCGGUGAGGCAACUGAGGGAGAAGAUUGAGAAGCUUGACGAGGUGAUGAAUCUGUCCCUGACUUUCCUCGAGAAGUAAAUGUUUGUAUUCAAAUAUAUUGGCGAGGAACCAUCGGAAUAGCCGUCUUUAGAAUAUAUGAGGUACCGUCAUAACGAAGAGGAUGUCAAGGAAGGCAGGGAAGAAAGCAAUGAAGAACUUGAAGUACAACAGAAGCAGAAAGUGAUCACGGUGGGGGACUCGAGCACUCUUUAUUAGGUUCAUUGAGCGCUACAUACAUCACAACGUAUGUAGUUCGCUUCAAUUUGAACACCCUGUUGGUGAAGAAAUUGAACCCAAGAGGAAAAACC